CCGUAAACAAAUCAGAGAAAUAAUGUCGGCCACAGCGUAAAGAAGUGUAGCUUCGGCUGCACCUUCUUCUAUAAUCUUGGUUGUGUCUUCUGGCACAUUUACCACACACGCUCAUGACCACCUGAAAGGAUGGCACCCAAACCGCCUGGAAAGACGUCUACAAAGAAUCGAAAGAAUAAUGAUGCCCCUCCCAAAACCCCUCAGAACCCGGCAGACGGCCCUCAUGUCGACUAUGCCGAGGUUCAAGCGGACGAGAUUGCCGUCCUUCAAGCCAUCUACAUGGAAGAUUAUGAAGAAGUAGAGGUCAAGUCUGCUUGGAGCAAGAGCUCCGAUCGAGCCUUCAAGCUCAAGUUGAAAGCUCCUUCCGACGAUUCUACAUUCAUCAUUCUCUCCGCAAAAUUGACCGCGACCUACCCCAAAUCUGCGCCUGUUCUUCAAGUCGAAGGUCUGGAUAGAUUACAAGCCCACACCAAGAAGCGCAUUCAAAAAGUCAUCAAAACCAAGCCGGUCGAGAUGGCAGGUGAAGUCAUGAUGUACCCCAUUGCCGAAGACAUCCAGGAUGCACUGGAAGAUGCAGUAGUCGCAAGAGAAACUGGUGUUCUACCCAGCCUUGAAGACGAACGUAUGAACCAGGAAGCCGCUGCUUUUGACCAGGCCAAGGAAGCCCAGGAAGAUGAGGCCAAGAAGUUACAAGCUGCCCAAGACGAAGAAAAGCGCACCAUGGAUCGAAUGGUUUCGGACGAACUUGAACGUCGUGCGGCCAAACAACGCGACCGAUCUUCUCGUACCCGGGCUAAGUCUCACUCUGACCCAAUGGCCGACGACAAUGACAACAGUAACAACAUUGUCAACUUUGAUCAAGACAUUGCGCUUUCGCCUGGAGUAGAGAUUGCACCUUUCAGCAGUGUCACCCUGAUAUCAUCUCUCGCCUCCAAAGGACAAAUGGGCAUAUUCACCGCUCAGCCUAAAUUUGCAAGAAACUCCGUCAUGACCCAAACCCUGCUUGCAGUUCGUCGUUUGUCUUUGAAGAUAGUGCACGGAGACGCUGCUACCAAGAAUCAUCUGCUGGUCCUGGAGGAUGAGCUAGAACAGCUCAAGGUCCUUCGACAACCCAACAUCGUCAACGUCUAUGCCUUCAAGGUCGAGAAGAACGAUGGCAAAGAUGGGGGCUCAAACCAGGAUUGGGACGUUUCGGUUCUGGCAGAUCUCGCUAACAGAGGGAGUCUCGCCGAAAUGCUCGAGGACGGCCAGACUAUACCACCUGCAAGAGCAAAACAGUGGGCUUUAGAUCUGCUCGAAGCCCUGGAAUACUACCACCGCCACGGUAUUGUUCAUAAGCGCAUUCAUAGCGCGAAUGUGUUGCUCUUCCGAUCAGACACAGGAGUGACUGCACCGAAGCUUGCAGAUGCUGCUUACGAAGACAGACUGCUCAGAUUACAAGGCCGAGCUAGUACUCUAGAGAAAGGCAAGAAGAUGGCAGCUUGGCUUGCACCCGAAUGCUCUGGAGAAAACCCUGCCUUCACUUCAAAAAGCGAUGUUUGGGAUUUUGGCGUUCUGCUCGUUCAGAUGUUAUUCGGCACAGCAGUUACUCGCAAGUACAAUGGUCCGAUGGCCAUGCUUGAGUCUUUGGAUCUUUCUGAUCCGCUCAGCGACGUGCUACGCAGGUUGUUCAGCAAAGAGCCGAAAAACAGACCUGGGGCUUUCGAAGCAAUCCCUAGCGAAUUCUUCCGCAGCGACCUACCAAUCAUCAACAUUGAUCACUCCACAAGCCGUCGAAGACAGUCAUCUUCCAUGGGAUUUUCUGGAGACUUCAAAAGCCCUAUAGCUAGACGCUCCAGGCAAAACUCCUUGAGCGUUGGAGAAGGUCCUUCGUUCUCACGUUAUGUCAAGGACUUCACUGAGCUCGGCCGUCUAGGCAAAGGUGGCUUUGGUGAAGUUGUCAAAGCCCGCAACAAGCUCGACGGUGGAGUUUAUGCCAUCAAAAAGGUCAAGCAAGACUCAGCAGCACAGCUCGAGCACGUCCUGUCCGAAGUCAUGUUGUUGCAUAGGCUUAAUCACGCUUAUGUUGUUCGAUACUAUUCUGCCUGGGUCGAAGAUGACUUGUCUGGCAAGGUGGAACUAGACCAAGAAUCUGUAUCCUUUGCAGAAGAUAUGACAACCUCGUCAGGUGACGGAAUUCAAUUCGGUAUGAGCAGUCGUGGCCUAGAUUUCGUCAGCUCUAGUGGACUUGGAGACGACAUCGUGUUUGGUGAGGACAGCGGUGAUGACACCGAAGAAGACGACGAGGAAGACGACGACGUGGACGAUGACAGCUCAGCUUCCGGAACCGAGACGAAUGGCCGUGUUGCUAAUGGACGUCCUAUUUUCCAUCGUGAAGCACAAUCAGAAAGCGCCAUUAGUGAUGGCGAAGACACUGAUUCACGCCCUCAAAGAACGCAUCGUGCCUCUUCUCGCCGUUUCAUGCGAUCUACACUCUAUAUCCAGAUGGAGUAUUGUGAGAGGCACACUCUUCGGGACUUAAUCAGGAAGGGCAUGUAUACCAGACCUGAAGAAGGUUGGCAGAUGCUUCGACAAGUUCUCGAGGGUCUCGCUCACAUCCACAACCACGGAAUUAUACACCGUGAUCUCAAGCCUGACAACGUUUUCAUCGACGCAGCUGGCAAUCCUCGCAUUGGUGAUUUUGGACUGGCCACCACGAGCCAGUACGCCAACCCCAACAAGACAACGCCCGUCACCAACACAGGCGCUGAAAUGACCAGAAGUGUCGGGACUGCAAUGUACGUUGCGCCAGAGAUUAAGUCAGGUUCUGGUGUAAACUACAAUGACAAAGUCGACAUGUAUUCUCUGGGAAUCAUCUUCUUUGAGAUGUGUCAUCCGCUUAAGACCGCUAUGGAACGCCAUGAGGUGUUGCUGAAGAUGCGAGAAAAGGAGCAUGUCUUGCCACCAGAGUUCCAGGCUCCCGAAAAAGUGCUUCAAGGAAACGUAAUCAUGGACCUGAUCAGUCACUCACCUGGCGACCGCCCAAGCAGUAUGGAACUCCUCAGAAGUGGGAAGCUGCCCGUACAGAUCGAGGAUGAGACUAUUCGGCAAACAUUGCAAAGUUUGACAGAUCCGGGAUCACAGUACUAUCAGAAGAUGAUGACCGCUCUGUUCACCCAGACAUCUGAUCAACGAGUCAAAGACUUCGCUUGGGAUGCGAAGUUGAGCAAGCAGCCACCAACAGCUGACGACCUUCGUGUGAGAGACAUUGCUAGGAACGCUCUCUGUUCAAUCUUCCGUAGACACGGAGCUGAGGAAACCCAGCGUCCACUACUGCUUCCUCGUUCUAGCUACUACACCGCGCCGAACAUUGUUCAGCUCCUGGACGGCACUGGAAAUCUCUUGCAACUCCCUUACGAUCUGGUACUCCCACAUGCCAGACGUCUCGCAAAGCACGAACCGGCAGUUGAAAGGACAUUCGUAUUUGGUAAUGUCUACCGCGACACAUUAAGUGGAGGCCCUCCCAGAAACAUCAAGGAGGUCGACUUUGACAUUGUCACAAAAGAGAGCGAUGACCUUGUGCUGCAGGAAGCCGAAGUUUUGAAGGUUAUUGACGAAAUCGUUGAUGAAAUUCCUGCACUGUCUUCUCAGCCAAUGUGCUUCCACCUGAAUCAUUCUGAUCUACUUGAACUCAUUCUUGACUUCUGCCGCAUUGACAAGUCCCAAAGGCCCGUCGUCAAGGAAACACUCAGCAAACUGAACAUUCAUCAGUUUGGUUGGUCCAAAAUCCGUGCCGAAUUGCGCUCGCCCUUGAUCGGUAUCCACUCCACGUCCCUAGAUGACCUGGCACAGUUUGACUUCCGCGACACGCCCGAGAAGGCUUUGAAGAAAUUGCAAGACAUCCUUGAGGGCAGUACUCAUAUCAGCAGAAUCAGAAGACCUAUGGAACACAUUAAGCGUGUGAUCGAUGCUAUGAAGCUGUUCGGUAUUCGUCGCAAGAUCUAUAUCUGCCCUUUGAGCAGUUUCAACGAAAAGUUCUACACAGGAAGUGUACUUUUUCAGUGCAUCUAUGACAAGAAGAACAGGAACGUCUUCGCAGCCGGUGGAAGGUACGACCGACUCAUUGACGCCCACCGCUCUCGCGCCCAUGCCACAAGCGAAGCGUGCCACGCUGUCGGCGUCAGCAUCGGCUGGGACGGUCUCAUCGCCGCAAUCAUCAGACACAGGAAGAAUUCAAUCAGCAGUGCAUACCUCAAGAAGGGACAUGAAGAACUACUCAGUCCGGCAUGGAACGCCAAACGCUGCGACAUCCUGGUAGCCUCUGGCGAUCCUACCGUCCUCCGCUCCAUUGGUAUCAAAGUCCUCGCUAGCCUGUGGGCCAACGACUUCAGCGCUGAACUGGCCACCGACGCCCGCACCAUCGACGAUGUUCUUAGCAAACAGCGCGACGCCUCGCAUCCGUGGAUAGUAAUGGUCAAGCACGAAGCUUCCUCGACCUUUAAAGUCCGCAACAGCACCACAGACACCGAGACCGAAGUCGCAAGCACGAAUCUCAUCUCCCACAUGCGCUCCGAACUCCGUGAACGCGAGUCCAGAGAAGCAGGUAACCACAAAUCUCGCCACCAUCCUUCACUCCUCCGCCACUCUUCCCACCAUAACGAAGGCAACAGCACCACCGAGCGAGCUAAAAACAACGUCCAAGUCCUCAUGGCCCAACACCGUGGUAAGAAGAGCAACAAAUACCACAUCGUCGAAGCCGCCCAAUCACGCUGGGCCCAACGCAUAGAUGAAUGGAAGACCGCACCCAUCCUCGCCAUCGAAGGUCGUGAAGGAAUCAUCGAGAGCAUACGCGAUGACACUCGUCUGUCUGAUCCUGAUUCGUGGCGUAAGCUGAUUCAAAGCACGCCUUUGGCUGAGAGACAAUACCUGGCGCAGGUGCAUGAGUUGUUACUUGACAUGAGAAAGAAGUGGGAGGCACAGGACGAAGGAGCGACCAGAGAGGCUUGCAUCUUCAACUUCAGGACUGGCAAUUGCGUUUAUUAUGAUGUUGGUCUUUAAGAGCGAGCGGGGUUUGCUGGGUAUAGAUGGCAUGGUUCUUUUGUUUCUGUCCGUAGUCGAGGAAUGAAUCUCUACUUUUGUGUUACCGC